AUGACCAGCCUCCAGACGCAGCUCCUCGGCCACGACGCACCGAGCAGCCGCUGCACCUACUGCGGCACCAUGGCCAGGCGCGGCUCGUUCCUGGGCGACUAUGACCUGGGGGGGUACUCUUUUGUGGAAAACCAGUCAGAUUUGAGUCUGCGCGGCGCUGGUUUGAGCCCCGAGCGGUUGCAGCUGCUACGUAAGAGCUCGGCCCCGGACCUGAGUGGGUUCUACACCCAGGUGCAGAACGGCGCAGGCGCCCAGGAGUACUACCAGAGCGAAGUGCGCAGCGUGGCAGGAGACGAGGCCGGCUUUUAUAGGGAUAAGCGGCCACCUCUUACCAGAUCAGCCUCGUAUUACGGCUUAAGCUCCCCUGCACAGGCUAAUUCUUCUGCUGCUACGUGGGAUCAAGCCAAUAGACAGCUAGCCUCCACGCCGACUCCUGCACCAGUCCCGCCCCCUCCUCCUCCCCCUCCACCUCCCCCGCCUCCUCCCCCACCCGCCUCCGUCCUGGAGUUGAGCCGAUUGUACAGGGAAACUCUCUCUGGGGCUAAGAUGAUGUCAGACGCGCAGAGGCUAGCUGCUGCUUCACCUGGGCUUUACUCAGUGCAAGCCACGCUCCCCAUCUACAACAACAGCAGCAGCAGAGCCACGGAGCAAGCAGGCGCCAAUCAGCAGCAGGCUUACCAGUCCAACAACUAUACUCUGGAUUUGGCUAAUCAAAUUAUGGACGGCAGCAUGGCGCGACCGUACGGAGCCGUAGCGUCGCAGAGGUUGCCUUACGACCCGAACUACGACCCGUCCUCUGCCGUCAUCGCCGCCACAGCCACUGGGAUGCAUCACCCGGCUGCACUCGCCGAUCCAAAGAAGAUGGCGGACCCUGCGUUCUUAGCGUUCCUGCGUUGCGAGGGGCUGGCCGAAAGCACCAUUACGCUGCUGCUGCAACACGGCUUCGACUCGUCCACAAUGCUGGGGAUGAUGGAGGAUCACGACGUGCGCUCCGUGGCUCCAAACCUGGCGCAGGCGCGGGUUCUGACCCGGAUCGCGGCCACCUGUAAGAGCGGCGGGGCGGCGAUGCGUGGCCGGUCAAACAGCUUCAGCCAUGCGGGUUACAUGCCACACGGGCUGAGCAUGGACCCAGGACUAAUGCACCAGCCUCCACCUCUGCCUCCGCCCGGCGCACAAGCUAACGUCUCGCCGCGGAUGGGAGAGUUUAUGGGACGACGACCGAGCAGCGCGCCUUCACAACACUUGUUAGAGACGACAUACGCUGGAGCUCGACCAUUAGCCGCAUACCCAGUGAGCCCAGACUACAACCAAGCUAGGUCUUUCUCGAUGUACAACGCACACACAGGGCUAGCCAUGUCCGCGAUUGGCGCGCAAGCUCAAUCUGUAUCUGCGGUGACUCCAGGUGCUGCUCCCAAGACCUUCUCCGGGUCGUACUCGCCGAUGGAGUUGAUGAAGAGACCCACAAACCUGCCGCCCGCGUCGCCGAUGAUGGCCGCGAGCCCGAUGCACAGUCCACAGCUGCUGCGCAAAGGCAUGAGCGCCGUGCAGGACGCGGCAAUGGCGGCGCAGGCUGCGAGCAACUCAAUACAGGCGCAGAGUCUGAACCAGAAGAUGGUGGGACGCCGGACAGGACCACCGGUGAUAAUGUCCACCAUGAUGCCUGCUCCAGAUACAACCUGGGUCCACACCGAGCCUGCCAUCCUCAUGGAGCUGUCCGCGGCCUCCCAGUCUGCAGGUAUCCGUCCUCAGAUCAUGAACGGUCCGAUGCAGCCGCGCCCCCUGGUGGCGCUGCUGGACGGCAGAGACUGCACCGUGGAGAUGCCCAUCCUCAAAGACCUUGCCACAGUGGCCUUCUGCGACGCACAGUCCACCCAGGAGAUCCACGAGAAGGUGCUGAACGAGGCGGUGGGGGCCAUGAUGUACCACACCAUCACUCUGACCAGAGAAGACCUGGAGAAGUUCAAAGCUCUGAGGAUCGUGAUCCGCAUCGGCAGCGGAUACGACAACAUCGACAUCAAGGCAGCGGGAGAACUGGGUAUUGCCGUGUGUAACAUCCCGUCUGCUGCGGUGGAGGAGACGGCAGACUCCACUCUGUGCCACGUGCUGAACCUGUACAGGAGGAACACGUGGCUGUACCAGGCUCUGAGGGAGGGCACCAGGGUCCAGAGCGUGGAGCAGAUCAGGGAGGUGGCAUCAGGAGCGGCACGCAUCAGGGGAGAGACACUCGGGCUCAUCGGGUUCGGCCGUGCAGGGCAGGCGGUGGCGGUUCGGGCGAAGGUCUUCGGCUUUAACGUGAUCUUCUACGACCCGUACCUGCAGGACGGACUGGAGCGGUCUCUCGGGGUCCAGCGGGUCUACACUCUGCAGGACCUACUGUACCAGAGCGACUGUGUGUCCCUGCACUGCAACCUGAACGAGCACAACCACCACCUCAUCAACGACUUCACCAUCAAACAGAUGCGACAGGGAGCGUUUCUGGUGAACACAGCGAGGGGAGGGCUGGUGGAUGAAAAGGCUCUGGCUCAGGCUCUAAAGGAGGGAAGGAUCAGAGGAGCAGCUCUGGACGUGCACGAGAUCGAACCAUUCACUUUUGCGCAGGGUUCUUUGAAGGACGCCCCAAACCUGAUCUGUACCCCGCACACGGCCUGGUACAGCGAGCAGGCCUCCCUGGAGAUGAGGGAGGCAGCUGCUACAGAGAUCAGGAGAGCACUGACCGGGCGGAUCCCUGAUAGUCUGAGGAACUGCGUAAAUAAAGAAUUCUUCGUCACCUCUGGACCUUGGGCCAUAAUGGAGCAGCCGGGAAUGCACCCAGAGCUCAAUGGCGCCCCCUACAGAUUUGCUCCUGGUGUGAUGGGCAUCUCCUCUGGUCCUCUCUCGGCCUCAGCUCUGGACGGACUGGGCUCCACAGGAGGGAUCCCCGGCUCACACAACCUCUGCACAGGAUCCAACCCUCCUCAGCCUCCAUCACCCAGCCAGCUCUGCCCCAAGCCCCUGGCAGAACACCUCAUCGAGCAGUAA